AUGGCGGGCACGGCCGAUGGUGCGGUGAUGAUCAUGGACCGCACCAAGGAGGACUUUUAUGUGCCCGGUAUAGCGCAUGCGAACCGCAAGGUCACGCGCAUGGACCAUUUCGAGGUGGCGCGGCAGCUCAAGCCACGCAGCAACCCGGUGGCAUACUGGAAGCUGAGCAACCGCGCGAUCACGUCUCUGGCCUUCGCACCCGACAUGCAGCGCGUGGCGGUCACGUGCGAGGACGGCGGUCUGCGCGUGAUCGACUACAUGAACGAGCUCCUGGAGGACGUCUAUUUGUCGUAUUUCGGCGGUCUGACGUGUGCGGCCUGGAGCCCCGACGCGCGUUACAUUGUGGCCGGCGGCAAGGACGACCAGCUGACGGUCUUUGGGUACUACGAGCAGAUGGCCGUGGCCCGCUGCACCGGCCACUUGUCGUGGGUCACCGAUGUGCAGUUCGACCCAGCGGCCCGCAAUGCCUAUCGGUUCAUGUCGGUCGGUGAGGACGCGCAGCUGCUGGUGUGGGACUUUUCGCUGCCGGCGCUGCAUCGGCCGAGACUGCACCGCACGCCGUCGCAUCAGGCCGGUCACGUGCGCCACUCCUCAGACCUCGACUACCUGCAUGGCCCACCCGGCGUCGACGACGCGCCCUCGGAGACGGUGCAUGGCCGUGUGCCGCGCGACGGGUGCGCUGUGCUGCAGCCGCUGGUCUCUGAGCGCAUCCACGAGGCGUCCCUAUGUGGAGUGCAGUUCAGCCAGGACUUGCUGGUGACCGCGUGCCGGCAGGGCGUGGUGAAGGUGUGGCGGCGGCCGGUAGAGAAUGUAAUUUUCUGA